CCUCCAUUUUGCGCUCGUGCGCGCGCGCGCCUUGUUUUGGUGUGAGGGGAGGAAGCAGAAAGGGUACGGAUCCGCUUUGAGGUUUCUCCAGAAUGGACAGCGGACUCAGGCGGUGCUGCAGGCGGUCUCAGCAGUCCAGUCCCCGAGCUCGGAGGUGCAGGAGGUUCUAGCUGCAGCGUCCAGCCCUGUACUGCGGAUUAUCAUCGACAACAUGUUCUACCCCGUCACGCUGGACGUGCUGCAGCAGAUAUUUUCAAAGUUUGGCACAGUCAUGAAGAUUAUCACCUUCACCAAGAACAAUCAGUUCCAGGCUCUUCUGCAGUACAGUGAUUCUGUCCAUGCGCAGCACGCUAAACUAGCACUGGAUGGUCAGAAUAUUUACAAUUCCUGCUGCACACUGCGCAUUGACUUCUCGAAGCUGGUCAACCUGAAUGUUAAAUACAACAAUGAUAAGAGUCGUGACUACACCAGACCUGAGCUGCCAGCAGGUGACGGUCAGCCCACUCUGGACCCCAAUGUGGCUGCUGCUCUCAGCAAAGACUCCACCUCCCUCCUCGGUAAGAUCCCAGGAGCCUUGAACCCUUUGAGUGCGGCGGCGGCAGCUGCUGCUGCAGCGGGUAGGGUUGCCCUCGCCGGACAAGCGGGAUCCGGCGGGGUCCUGCUGGUGAGCAACCUCAACGAGGAGAUGGUUACGCCCCAAAGUCUGUUUACCCUCUUCGGAGUGUACGGGGAUGUCCAGAGGGUGAAAAUCCUCUACAACAAGAAGGACAGUGCUCUGAUCCAGAUGUCAGAUUCUAAUCAGGCCCAGCUUGCAAUGAGCCACCUGAACGGACAGAAGAUGUAUGGAAAGAUAAUCCGAGUCACUUUGUCCAAGCACCAGUCAGUGGCUCUGCCUCGUGACGGCCUGGACGACCAGGGCCUGACCAAGGACUUCACCAACUCCUCCCUUCAUCGCUUCAAGAAACCUGGCUCUAAGAACUUCCAGAACAUUUUCCCGCCCUCGGCCACUCUUCAUCUGUCCAAUGUCCCACAGGACGUGGCUGAGGAAGACCUGCGGCUGCUGUUUUCCAACACGGGGGGAACCGUCAAAGCCUUCAAGUUUUUCCAGGAUCGGAAGAUGGCUCUGAUACAGAUGGCAACGGUGGAGGAAGCCAUUCAGGGCUUGAUCGACCUUCAUAACUACCACAUGGGAGCCAACCAGCACCUCAGAGUGUCCUUCUCCAAGUCCACCAUUUGAGGGCUCUCAGACUCAUUGCUGCUGUGGCUGACAGCUCACGGGCUGUGUGGACUUCAGAGGGACCACCUAGAUUCACUCUGAUGUUUGGGAAGUUUUGUUGUUUCAGUCAUUCCUUUUUUAAGGGUAACAUUUUGACUUUAGCCUCUGUUUUGUUUUUGUUUUUUAAGAAAAAUGUUGGUUCUCCUGCUAUAGUUUCUUGUUCAGCAGAAAAUGUAAAUGAUUGUUUCUUUGUUUGAUGAUUUGAUGUACAUCAGUAUUUUUGAUUCUGUAUAGUACUUUUGUGCCUUACUUGACAGUACUGACUGUUCCCAGAGCAGGCCUGUGUGUGUUUUCCUGCUCUGGAGGCUCUGGAGUUUGUAGUAGUGGAUUUUAGUGUGAACAUGAGGUGCGUUGUUCUCAGUUUUUGAAGUGUUUUUUGCAGACUUGAAUCGUUUCAAGUGUUUAGUUACCUGAGGGCAGAAUUUUCUGACAAAGGUCUGACCGCACAGUCAGCCCAACAUAAACUGUCAGUUUUUUAUCGAUCCACGCUUUAUCCAGUGAAGUGCAAUCAUGAGUGUCCAAGGCAGCCCCGCCCCACCCUGGUUGUUGACCAUAUCACCCGACGAGCCGGUCCAAUGGACCGGGUCGCUCAGUCCUGAUCUCAGGCCUGUAUGAGUAGGUGAGCGUGUCCUCAGAAAGCAAAACAUGCUGCUGCAGCAAUCCACUGUGAUUUCAUAGUCAUGUGACUCUUGUUGAGAGGGCUACUCGAUCGGACCAAAGCUGCUGUGCCUUCUGUGGUUCUUCAGUUACCAGAAAACUAAAGGUUGUUGAUCAGUUUUGGAGAAACAAAUGUACACAAGUCCUUUGCUUUAAGUCCUCCAGACUGGAGGCAUUUUGUCAAAAACUUUUUUUUCCUGACUUUUGUAGUGGUUAAACAAAGAAUUUGGUAUUAGUCCUCUAAGGGACAAUUAAAGGAUUGUUCCUCUUCAAAAGGAGGACAUAGACCUUUGGCCGGCUGGUUUUGGGGGUUUCCCUCUCAUGGCGUCUCUUGUGUUCAGCAUUACUUCUGUAGCAUGCUUAAUAAAGCUCUUCUGUAGCGCUGCGUUCA